UAGAUGCCUGGUAGACAUCUUAGAACUUUAAAAACAGAGAAGACCUGCUUUUAGGGGAAAAUGCUGAGGGACACUAUGAAAUCUUGGAAUGAUAGCCAGUCAGGUCUCUGUACCAGUGACCAAGAAGAGGAAGAAGAGAUGGUUUUUGGUGAAAAUGAAGAUGACUUGGAAGAGAUGAUGGAUUUAAGUGAUCUGCCCACCUCUCUUUUUGCCUGCAGUGUCCAUGAAGCAGUGUUUGAGGUGCAAGAGCAGAAGGAGAGAUUUGAAGCGCUUUUCACCAUCUAUGAUGAGCAGGUUACGUUUCAGUUGUUUAAAAGCUUUAAAAGAGUCAGAAUAAAUUUCAGCAAGCCUGAAGCAGCAGCCAGAGCACGAAUAGAACUCCACGAAUCAGACUUCAACGGGAAGAAGCUGAAGCUGUAUUUUGCACAGGUUCAGGUGUCCCGUGAAACACGAGACAAGUCGUAUCUACAGCCGCCCCAGCCGGUCAAGCAGUUCCUCAUCUCCCCUCCGGCGUCUCCUCCCGUGGGGUGGAAGCAGGGGGACGACGCGAUGCCGCUUUUAAAUUACGAUUUACUCUGUGCUGUUUCCAAGCUGGGACCAGGAGAGAAAUACGAACUUCAUGCAGGAACUGAGUCGACACCCAGCGUGGUGGUGCACGUCUGUGAAAGUGAAACGGAAGAGGUAGAGGAAACAAAAAACCCCAAACAGAAAAUUACCCAGACCAGGCGCCCGGAACCCCCAGCCACAGCACUGAGCGAGCCCCAGACCUUCGACUGUGCCCCGUGAGGCCUGGUGGUGGCGCGAGGCAGCUGCCAUCGCGGGUGCUGGUCGUGGAAACAGUGCCCCCCGCUGGGGCACUGCUGCUCGUGGUGUAGGUGAGGUGAGCAGGGCAUGCGAGGCCGUGUGUUCACCACGCCUGCGCCGUGGACACGGCAGUCUAGAGUAGAGGCUGAUAUUCUGAGAAGCACUGCAAGGAUUGGCCCCCAACAUGCAGCAUCUCUUGACCACUUUGAACAGUAGCCAAUUAGGAACACGGCCCCCUCCAGGAAUGUUCCUUUCCCUGAUUCUGUGUAGCAUGGAGAACCCAAAAACUAAAGCUAUAGUCGCCGAGCCCAGUCCCGUUUUUAUGCAUUUAAAAGUAGUCUUACGGUUUUAAUAAUCUAGUGUGGGUAUUUUUGUACUGGUAUAACAGCUUCUAACUAAACCUCUUGAUCAAAGCUUAAUUACUAUUCAGUAUACCUGAAAUUUUUUGCACGUCAAGAGACCUGAAGUAUAGAAUAAUUCAUAGAAAAUCAUUUUUCUCUAGUAUUUUAUUUUCUUUAACUUUGGGGAAGAAAAUGCCAAACUCACGUUGACUAUCAGAAUCGAAUGGCACAGAUCUGCGUGCAUACCGUUCUCUGACCUGGAAUCCGAGGAAAGCGAUGGGCACACCACUGUCCGCCUGUGUGGUCCCUCCCAGAGAAGGAGCUGCUGCUUUGGCUGGGGUUUCGCAGGAGCUCGCCUGCUUAUGGCUCAGGUGGCUGCUGCCGGCUGCCGCUUGUGACCGUGUGCUAGCCUAUGGCAUCCCGACUGCUCCCAGCCACCUGCUAGGUUCUCCUGUCCUGUGCUGUACAUAUUUGUGUGUCAUUCCUAGACUUUAAAUUAGAAAAGGAAAUGGUCAGAUUUUCUUACAAACCAUUUUAAAAGUGUCCAUUUGAGCAUUUUUCAUCUUGAAAGAAAAGCCACACUUACUCCGUUUCUGUGAAUUAGGGAAAGAUGGGGAGAUCAUUUUGGUAGUCAGACUUUUCUUUUUUGGUGAGGUUUUUUACAGUAGGCAUCUUCCCCUAACAUGGAAUUGUUUCUCACUUACGUUUCAGAGUGGAUAGUUGAACCUCCUAAAGUAGAAGCAAGAAUCUUUUUAAUUUGGGGGGGUCUGUUCAGACUUUAAAGACCUUUUUAUAGAAAAGUCUCAUAACUAAAUGCUUUGCUCUGCUGAUUCUCUGCUCACACGGCUGUUUUAUUUGUAUGGCAAAUGCCUGGAGUGCCUGGUCUGUAUGUAAAGGGGUUGUGCACCUGAGUUUGGCCUAAUACAAUGUGGCUACCACUAUAAAAGAGAGAAAAAUGCAGACAUGCAGGCGUGAUAUCUGUACAUUUUUGGUAACAUGUUUUUGUGGUUUAGAUGUUCUAUGGUAGACUUUAUUUCUGAGGACUUAACUAUAUUGCAAAAAAAAGUUUUAUAUGUUUUCCUUGCUCUGAAAUACGCUGAGGUGAUAAACUCUUCUAUUUGUACGUAUCUACCACUGCUACGCCUCCGCGUAAAUUCAGUUCAGGUUUGUGAUUCCAUAAGUAAUUUAUUAAAUUCAGAUCACCA